AUGCCAUUAGCCUCUGAACAGAUGUCAGCCAAGGAAGCCGGGCCAGCGCCAGAUCAAGUUGCUGCUGCCAGCUCUCGCGAGCUUUGUCAGUAAGAGUUGACUGAAAUGUCAGAGCUGUGCAAUUCACAGGCGGGGCGGCUGCUGCAUCCCGCCUUUCCCCGAAGUAUUGUAUGACUGCCACUUUGCAAACUUCGUCAUCCUUUUCUGCAGUGAUUCGGGAAUCAACAUGCAGACCCAGCGCACCACCAUCACACAGACCCACUUCCUCCUGUCCUUUCUACUUCUUGGCAUACUUUUUGGGAAUUCAUACACUGAAGAAGACUUCAUAGUCACAACCAAGACCGGAAGAGUCCGGGGGCUGAGCCUUCCUGUUCUCGGCGGCACGGUGACUGCUUUUCUCGGAAUCCCCUACGCACAGCCUCCUCUUGGAAAGCUAAGAUUCAAAAAGCCACAACCCUUAAACAAGUGGCCUGGCAUCCAUAAUGCCACCAAAUAUGCUAGUUCUUGUUAUCAGAUCAUAGAUCAAACCUUCCCAGGUUUCCAGGGGUCGGAAAUGUGGAAUCCGAACACGAACCUCAGUGAAGACUGCUUGUAUCUGAACGUUUGGGUUCCAGUACCUAAACCGAAAAAUGCCACUGUCAUGGUAUGGGUUUAUGGUGGUGGCUUUCAGACUGGGACUUCCUCUCUACCUGUUUAUGAUGGGAAGUUUCUAGCUCGGGUUGAAAGAGUUAUUGUCGUUUCAAUGAACUAUAGGCUAGGUGCCCUAGGAUUUCUAGCUUUACCUGGAAAUUCUGAGGCUCCAGGGAACAUGGGCUUAUUUGAUCAACAGUUGGCACUUCAGUGGGUCCAAAGAAACAUAGCUGCCUUUGGAGGGAAUCCUAAGAGUGUAACGCUUUUUGGUGAAAGUGCAGGAUCAGCAUCUGUGAGCUUACAUUUGCUUUGUCCCCAAAGCUACCCUCUGUUUACCAGAGCCAUUCUGGAAAGUGGAUCUUCUAACGCCCCCUGGGCAGUAAAGCCUCCAGAGGAAGCCAGAAACCGAACUUUGGCCUUAGCUGAAUUUGCUGGCUGCUCAAAGGAGAAUGAGACAGAGAUGAUUAAAUGCCUUCAAAAUAAAGACCCUGAGGACAUUCUUCUGAACCAAAGGUUCGUUCUCCCCUCUGAUUCCCUCUUAUCGAUAAAUUUCGGUCCAACGGUGGAUGGUGAUUUUCUCACUGACAUGCCCCACACACUACUUCAACUCGGACAAGUGAAAAAAACUCAGAUCUUAGUAGGUGUUAACAAAGAUGAAGGGACAUCUUUUCUAGUGUAUGGUGCUCCUGGUUUCAGCAAAGACAAUGACAGUCUCAUCACUCGGAGGGAGUUUCAAGAAGGUUUAAGUAUGUAUUUCCCAGGAGUGAGUAGCUUGGGAAAAGAAGCAAUCCUUUUCUACUAUGUGGACUGGUUAGGUGACCAGACACCGGAAGUCUACCGUGAGGCCUUGGAUGAUGUAAUUGGAGAUUACAACAUCAUAUGUCCCGCGUUGGAGUUUGCCAAGACAUUUUCAGACCUUGAAAAUAAUGCCUUUUUCUACUAUCUCGAACACCGAUCUUCCAAAACUCCUUGGCCUGAAUGGAUGGGCGUUAUGCAUGGCUAUGAAAUCGAGCUUGUCUUUGGCUUACCACUGGAAAGAAGAGCUAAUUAUACUAGAGCUGAGGAAAUUUUGAGUCGAUCCAUGAUAAAAUUUUGGGCAAAUUUUGCAAAAUAUGGAGAUCCCAAUGGAACCCACAGCAAUAGCACAAUGUGGCCUGUCUUCACAAGUACUGAACAAAAAUAUCUAACCUUGAACACAGAGAAGCCAAGAAUAAACUCUAAGCUCCGUGCUCCUGAAUGCCAGUUUUGGAAACUAUUUUUUCCUAAAGUCUUGGAAAUGACAGGAAAUAUUGAUGAAACAGAACAAGAGUGGAAAGCAGGAUUGCAUCGCUGGAGCAAUUACAUGAUGGACUGGAGAAAUCAAUUUAACGAUUACACUAGCAAGAAAGAGAGUUGUAUGGGUCUCUAAUUAAUAGAUUCACCCUUUCUGGAAUGUCCAUUUUCCUGUAGAUGAAAGCAAAAAUACCAGUAGCUCUCUUCGCGUAUACCAAGAAUGCUAUUAUACAACCAAAGGAGAAUGCCAGAGGAGAAUAUUGAUUCCUCACAUCUUUCACUCAGUAUUUUACCUAAUGUUUCAGAGCCGAGUCACUAGAAGUUGUUUUAUUAAUUUUCAGAAUAUAAACUUUGAGAAUUAAUUAGGUCUAUAUUAAUACAACAUGCUGCUUUGAUCUUACUUUCCUGAAUAACAUUACUGUUUUUACCUAAAAGGUACACACUCUGUUUUUAUUCACUCCUGUAUUGUAUAAACCACAUAUAUAAAAGUAUCUUAAAAAAUGGAAUCAGAAUUUGAAACACUGGUGUUAUAGUUUAUAUUAGUGUUUUCUAUAAUUUAUUUACAAAUCUAGUGAAAAAUUGGCUACUCAUAUAGAGAGAGCCAAGGGAGAAUAUAAAAAUAAGAGUCAUGGUAUCUGGGAAAGGUUACAAUGAAGUAAGAUAUGACUAGCACAAACUCUGGAAUUUCAUGUACUGUUGAAAAUCAAACCAACUUGCUAUCAUGCAUAAGAAACCAUGCUUCCGGCAUCAUUUCCUGAAUAUGACUUUUCAUAUGAAGCAGGUCCCAUCCAAGAAUUCCACGGCCAAAGAAAACACAGGACUCCUAAAGGAGAAUCCUUUGCCUCCACGCUGUGGUGUGGGGUGGACAGCAGAAAUCAGUGUAUAGGAAUUCUUGGAUGUUGUACUUUUAAUAGAUUCACAAGUGAAACAAAUAAUUUUUUAAAAAUUGUUCAUGAAAUAAAUGUAUGUGAAUCUAAAUUCCACAUCACAUCAGUCCUCUCUAGGGUUAAUACAUGAAGAAUUGUUACUAUGGCAUUAAAACAAGUCAUAUAGCUGUCAUGUUAUUUAGGUGAAUGUUUUGGUUCAUGUCUCAAAAUAUGACAAAUAAUUAGUAAGUCUUAAAUUAUAAAAGAAUAAGUGUAGCUAAUCCAGGCAGUUAAAACAUUAUUUUGAUCAGUUAUUUAUAUAUUGCAAAGUGUAAUUUUUAGUGGGUUAGAGUUCAAAUUUUGAUUUAUACAGACUGAAGCAAUAAGUCUCAUUUCUUUAAAAACUAUCAUUGUUAUAUAUUCUAAUUUUUGAAAAAUAGUAUGCUGAAGAUUAUAAAGAUGGGAUAAUUUAAAAGUGAAGUAAUUAAAUUCUUGUCAAUCUGAUAAUUUCUUGGAUAAUUAUUAAGUGACACAAUUAUCCUAAUGCCUAAUAAGUAGGACAAUCUACAUAUUGCUGAAGAAGACAACAAAAUCAAUAGUUAGUGAAAUUUCAUAGCCUGGUUGUCUAUACUGUGCUCAAUGGCACCAGUUCUCUUUAUAAACUUGUUUGCAAAGGAGAGUAUGUAGGAUGAAAGAGGAUUUACCUAAAUGUACUGAAUGUAAAGCAUUAUUUACAAUCCUUCUACACUGCCAAAGAAUAAAGAGAAGUCCAACAUCAGAUCUAAAAA